AUGGACAGUGGUUUUCAAGUAUCGAUGGAUGCUAUUUGUUCGUUGGCUGUUUCAUGUAAUGUGAAACUGUAUAUAACUAAUUCCUAUCGAUCACCAGGGAGUACUGUCAGUGGAACAGUGGUACCACCUGCGCAGUUAAGUAAUCACAACGCUGGACAUGCUAUUGAUAUGAAUGUGGUCUAUGAUGGUAAUAUCUGCAAUAGUGUAUGUUUAAAGGGCAGUUUACCAUCGGCUGUAGGCUGUUUUAUUAAUGGACUUCCAGGAAAAGGAUUAAGGUGGGGUGGAAGUUUCACUACACCAGAUCCUGUUCAUAUUGAUGAUGGAAUGAAUCUGAAACAACCAUCUGCCUAUAGUGCAUUAGUCGCAGAAAUUCAACAGAACUGUGGUAGUAUACAAAAUCCUCCACCUAAACCGGCACAACCAAAUCCAAAUCCACCAAAGCCGCCUUCAAACCCAGGGAGUGGGGGCAAUGGAGGAGGACAAAAUCAACCAACAACAGUCCCUCCUGACUAUGAUUCGCAAUAUGAUGGUGAUCCGGAUGAUUAUCCUGGAACUGAUCCACAAGACAAUCCAGACGUUCCUGCUGAUACUGACUACCCAGGAGAUGAUGGUGGAAACUGUGCAGAUGAUGGAAACUGUGGAGGUGAUGGAGACGGUGGAGGUGAUGGUGACGGUGAUGGAGGUGAUGGAGAUGGUGGAGGUGAUGGUGACGGUGGAGGUGAUGGUGACGGUGAUGGAGGUGAUGGAGAUGGUGGAGGUGAUGGAGACGGUGGAGGUGAUGGGACGGAUGGAGAUGGAGGAGACACGGAUAAAACAUUAAUUACGUAG